AUGGGCAGAAGAAAAUCUCACGCGUCCUGUAAAAGUAAACAACACGUUCCACCUCAAAGGCAAUUAUCUUUAGUGAAAAGAAACGAGAUAAAUGCCUUGUGCGAAAAACUAUUUGUUUUGAGCAUUAAUUCAGCGUACGUAACGCAAUUAUGGGACAAUUACGUGGCGAUAUCAACAAUUUUGGAGAAGGUUAAACGGUUGGAGGAAAUGAAGACAGAGUUACCAAAACGAUCCCAAGGGAUUGGACAAUUUAUAAAUUGGCUUAAAGAGAACGACGCGAAUGUAAAUGGAGCGAGCGUGUCGGAGUUUCCUGGAUACGAUUUAGGCUUAAAAGCAGAACAUAAUUUCCAUGAGAAUGAGUUAAUUUUAAGGAUACCUAGGGGAUUGAUAUUCAGUAUUCAUAAUGCAGCACCAGAGUUGACUGCUCUUCAGAAUGAUCCAUUGAUACACCAUAUGCCUCAAGUGGCACUCGCGAUCGCACUCCUUAUCGAGAGACACAAAGAAAAUUCUAAAUGGAAGCCUUAUUUGGAUAUCCUUCCUAUCACUUAUUCAACUGUGUUAUACAUGACUGCUGCUGAUAUGGUUGAACUUAAAGGCAGUCCUACUUUAGAGGUCGCUUUGAAACAAUGCAGAAGUAUAGCAAGACAGUAUUCCUAUUUUAAUAAGGUAUUUCAAAACAACAAUAAUGCUGUGUCUGCUAUACUCAGGGAUGUUUUUACUUAUGAAAGAUAUUGUUGGGCAGUUUCUACGGUAAUGACGAGACAAAAUUUAAUCCCGAGUGAGGAUGGUUCACGUAUGAUCCAUGCUUUAAUCCCUAUGUGGGACAUGUGUAAUCACGAAAACGGAAGAAUCACCACAGAUUUCAAUGCAACUACAAACUCCUGUGAAUGCUAUGCUCUGAGGGACUUCAAGAAAGGAGAGCAAAUAUUUAUUAGUUACGGUCCCAGAACGAAUUCCGAUUUCUUUGUACAUUCAGGAUUCGUUUAUAUGGAUAACAAACAGGAUGGAUUUAAAUUACGACUUGGAAUUAGUAAAGCGGAUUCCCUUCAAAAGGAACGCAUAGAAUUAUUAAAUAAAUUGGAUCUACCGUCUGUAGGGGAAUUCCUUUUGAAGCCCGGAACAGAACCUAUUUCCGAUUUAUUGUUGGCAUUUCUGAGAGUGUUCAGUUUGCGUAAACCGGAACUGACACAUUGGAUCCGGUCAGAUCGUGUAAACGAUUUGAAACACGUGGAUUGUGCGCUAGAGACUGCUGUAGAGGAGAACGUCAGAAAAUUUCUGCUUACUAGGCUGCAGCUGUUAAUAGCUAAUUAUCCGACGACUCUGAAGGAAGAUCUGCAACUGUUGGAAAGAACGUUACCGCAAAUCAAGAAAUUAGCCAUUCAACUGAGGGUAACGGAGAAGAGAAUACUUCAGGGUGCGCUCGAAUACGUGGAACAGUGGAUCAAAGCUUAACAAGCAUUCACACAAGUGAAUUUUACUCAAUCAGAGUCAAAUUUUUAUUUUUACUUCUAAAAGAAUUUCUUACAACUAAAUAGUAAUCUUUAUGGUUUAUGAUUUCGAAACGCCGGGGAAUUAAACGCAAAUCGUUCGAUUUUGCGAAGGACAGAUAAAAAAAGGGGACAAUGGUGUAAAAUACAUUAAAGUGUGUAAAACAUUGAACAGACUAUAUAUGUACGUGUAUUAACAAGUAUACAAUGCAAAGUAAUUGCGUGUUCUAAGAUAUCAUCGUUCUUGUUUUCGAGAGAUGUAUAUCUUAAGAGCAUAAGCUGUUUUUUAAAUUAAUUAAUAUCGAUGUUCUCUCUAUGGACAUUAUAUUUAGAACCGUGUAUCGAUCGAGUUCUAAUCUCUGAUCACAAGAAUUAAUAGAUACAAUACCUUUAUUUCAGCUUUGAUAAAAAAAAAAAAAAAAAGGGACAUGUACAAACGAAAUGUUAACUACUCAUGAAUAUUUAUUUUUCAAAGGAGAUAGUUAAGAGAUCUAAUUCUUUAUGUAAGCUAUUGUGCGGUAUUACA